AUGACGGAUGAAGUCAAUAGAAAUAGAAAGAAAAAGUCAAUCAAGGUCCUCAUCAGGAGGUUACCUCCGUAUAUGACGUGGAAUGAACUGAAAGUUCAGUUAGAUCCCAUCCCACCCACCGAAUACAUUUCUUUUGUAGCUGCAGAUCUUUCAUUUGAACCAAAUGCAUUUUGCAGAUGUUACCUUGCAUUCUCAUCUGAUGAAGAUGUAAUAGAUUUUAGUGAACGUUUCAAUCGAUAUUUAUUUGUUGAUAGCAAAGGAUAUGAGUCCGCUGCCAUAGUUGAAUUAUCUUUGUUUGGGAAGCUCCCGAAGUCUUCCCCUCAAGAUGCAGUUAAAGACACUUACUGUGGUCAAGUACAAGAUGAAUUUGAGUAUAAACAAUUCCUUGACGAGCUUGAAAACAGUCGUAAAUGUAACUACCUCUCACUCGAGGAACAAAUUCGAGCUGUUCAGGUUAAGGAUGAAAGAUCUAAGAAUCGGAACUAUCAGCAAACGCCACUGACUAAGUUUAUGUUCCAGAAAAAUGAAGAAAAGAUAAAGAAGAGAGAGGAAAAAAAGAAAAGCAAAGGCGAAGAGAGGAAGAUGCGUUUAAAAGAGAAAAACGAAGAGGAAAAAAAGAAGAAAGCUCAAGAAAGUUCUUACCCUACCUGGUCUGAAGGUACUAGCAGUAGCACUAGCACUAGCCGGCCUAAAGAGAGAACAGGAUUCGUAUCAAGAUCAAAUCGAACUGAAUUCAGCAGAAGCUUCCAUGUAGAUGAUUCUGGAUCCACUCGUCCUACAGAGAAAGUAAAAGAGAAACCUGCUCCUAGGAAGAAGGAGAGCAAGCCAAAAGAGAAAAGAGAGGGUCCUUCUACGGCACCCAAUAGAGAACCAAGGAAUUCAAAUCGAAACUCUCAUACUCCAAAAGCUGACAGUGAAAGCAAACCGGAAAAAGGAUAUAGAUAUACCAAAACUUUCACUUCAUCUCGUAUAACAGCCCUGAGCAAAGAUCCUUCUGAGAAAAAGAAAAAUAAGGACCGUCCUGAUCGAGAAAUAUACAAACCUGGUCAGAGAUUACGGGAUUCUGAAGGCACAACUCAACAAUAA